AAAAUAGUUAAUACUUCAUAGUCUUCCUCCUCUUUCAAUACUAUAUGCUAAAAGAUAGUAGCAAGUGGCAUUCGUUAUUUAGUUGUUGUCGAAUCCAUUCAUCAACACAGUUGACUUCGAAACACUGUUUUGCCUUCCCAUCUCAUCUCCGCCGUUUGCAUUUCAGACAACUAUGGCCGAAUCAUUUAUCUUCAGCAUUGCAGAGUCACUCAUAGCAAAUCUUACUUCUCGUACUUUUCAAGAAGCUUCUCGAUUGGUGGGUUUAUACGACGAUCUUCAAGACCUUACCAACACUCUCUCUUUAGUCAAGGACGUUUUGUUAGAUGCUCAGCAAAAGCAGGAACACAACCAUGAGCUCCGUCGAUGGCUCUCUCAACUCAAAACUGUCUUCUCCGAUGCCGAAGAUGUUUUGGAUGAAUUUGAGUGCCAAACACUCCGAAAGAAAGUGGUCAAAGCUCAUGGUAGCACCAAAGACAAGGUCAGUCACUUCUUCUCAAGUUCUAAUCCACUUGUUUUUCGUUACAAAAUGGCUCAACAAAUUAAAGAUAUCAACAACAGACUAGACAAGGUUGCAGCUAAUAAGCGUAAGUUUAGUCUUCAAAUGAGUGAUGUUGACACACGUGUUGUUCAUCGGAGAGAUAUGACACACUCUCGUGUGAGUGAUUCAGAUGUGAUAGGAAGGAAACACGAUAAAGAAAAGAUCAUAGAGCUUUUGAUGCAGCAGAAUCCUGAUGAUGAUGAUGAUACAAGUCUCUCUGUUAUCCCCAUUGUGGGGAUUGGAGGCUUGGGAAAAACUACACUUGCAAAGUUUGUGUUCAAUGAUAAGAAGAUCCAGGAGUGCUUUCCAUUGAAGAUGUGGGUGUGUGUUUCUGAUGACUUUGACAUUAAACAACUGAUUAUCAAAAUCAUCAAUUCCGUGAAUGAUUCAGAAUCUGAUCAUGCUCCUAUUCACCAAAUGAAUUUGAACAUGUUAGAUCUGGAACAACUGCAAAUAAAUAUUGGGAGAGAAAUUGUGAAAAAAUGCGGAGGGGUUCCUUUGGCAGUGAGAACAUUAGGCAGUUUACUAUUCUCAAAAUUUGAGGCCAAUGAAUGGGAAUAUGUGAGUCAAAAUGAAAUCUGGAUUUUGCCUCAGAAAAAGGAUGACAUUUUACCUGCCCUUAAAUUGAGUUAUGAUCUCAUGCCCUCCUAUUUGAGGCAAUGUUUUGCAUUGUUUUCCCUUUACCCAAAAGAUUAUGAAUAUAUUAGUUAUGAAAUAAUUUGGCUUUGGGGGGCACUUGGACUCAUCGCAUUACCAAAAACGGAUAGAAAACGUGAAGAUGUAGCCAAUCAAUAUUUGCAUGAACUUCUGUCAAGAUCCUUUCUUCAAGAUUUUCAAAACUUCGGCACUGUGUAUAGAUUCAGAAUACAUGAUCUGGUGCAUGAUCUCGCCCUAUUUGUUGCUAUGGAUGAGUGUCUACAUAUCAAUUCCAACAUUCAAAAUAUUCCUGAUAAUAUUCGGCAUCUGUCUUUUGCCGAAAGGGGUUUGUUUAGCAAUUUAGUCACCAAAAAAUCAACAGCUGUGAGAACCGUCCUGUUUCCAAAUGAGGUAGCAGCUGCCAACGGUAAAGCUAUACUAAAGACUUGUCUGGAAAAGUUCAAAUGCUUGCGUGUUUUGGAUUUGAGUUGUGCAACAUUUGAGACUUUGCCUCGUAAAAUUAGCAAGUUGAAACAUCUGAGAUAUCUGGACAUUAGCAAAAAUCCUAACAUUAAGAGACUCCCCGACUCUAUUUGCAAGCUCCAAUGUUUGGAAGUGUUGAACCUUGGAGGAUGCGUGGAGUUGGAAGCAUUGCCCAAAGGAUUAAGAAAACUUAUCAGUCUUUAUUGUUUUGAGUUUUCCAUAAAGCAAACUGUUUUGCCUUUGAAUGAAAUCGCCAACUUGGGGUCGCUUGAAUUAUUGACUGUUGGAUCAUGCCAUAAUGUGGAAUCCGUAUUUGGAGGGAUGAAAUUUCCUACUCUUAAAACUUUGAUAGUUCAAGACUGUCAGAGUCUUAAGUUUCUGCUGCUGGAGUGUAAAAAUUUUCCUCAAUUAGAAACAUUGUAUGUUGUAGAGUGCAGUAAUUUGGAUUUGGAACUGUGGAAGGGAGAUCAUGAAGAACAAAGCCCCAAGCUGAAGUUAAAAUUUGUUAUAUUUUCAACUUUAUCACAACUAGUGACCUUACCUAAAUGGUUUGAGGAAGUUGUCAACUCCUUACAGUGUUUGAUUGUUGUGGAUUGCCACAAUUUUGAAUCAUUUCCAGACUGGCUGCCAGUUCUGACUGAUAUGAAAACUCUUGCUAUAAAAAAUUGUCCAAAGUUGGUUGCGCUCCCGGAUAACAUUCAUCUCUUCACCACCCUUGAAUAUUUGACGAUUGUAGAUUGUGCAGCUGACUUACAUAAAAAGUAUGAGCCGCAUGUUGGAGAGUUUUGGCCCAAAAUAUCACACAUAUCGACAAUAUUGACAUGGAUGAACCAGAAGAUUUAGAUGAAGAGUUUUUGCCAAAAAUAUCACACAUCAACAAUA